CAAAAACAAAAGCAAACAGAGCGCGAGAGAGAGAGCAGUCCCAGUGAAAGCUGAAGCUAGAAUCUCUCUUUCCUCGAACACUUAACUCGCAGUCGAAAAUACAACAUAUAUACAACACACAUAUAUAUACCGCACGCUGCACAGUGUUUCCGCCAAACUCUGCAAAUGCAUUAAAUGCCGGCUCCACUUUCACUUCCACUUCCUCCAUUUUUUAUCAGCUUCCUCUCGUUGUAUCUCUCUGUCUGUGUUUUCUUGUCUCUUUGUCUCGCCACCACUAUACCAAAUUCAAAUUCCUGAUUGCUUUCAAAGGUUCCAACCCUCUCAGACUCCCUCUCCGAUCCGAUUUGCUCCGCCAUUUCUAAAACCCACCAUUUUUUUUCAGCUGUUUUCUCACUGAUCUCAGCAGCAAAUCCGCCACUGGAGCUCAGAGAGCUCCGUUUAGCAGAUUUUGGCGACAACCCUGAACCCAAAAGCUUUCAAAUUUCUCAGAAAGCGGCGGAAGUGAGCUGAGAACGAAGGAAGCAAUGGAGGGUAGGAUGAAGAAGUACAGCCAAGUGAGUCCGGAGAGGGCGAAAGUGUGGACUGAGAAGUCGCCCAAGUACCAUCAGAACCGAAAAGUCCCGGUGGUUUACUAUCUCUCAAGAAACCGGCAGCUUGAACACCCCCAUUUCAUGGAGGUUCCUGUAACCUCUCCCCAAGGGCUCUACCUCAAAGAUGUGAUUAAUAGGCUUAAUUCUCUGAGGGGCAGAGGCAUGGCUUCCAUGUAUUCAUGGUCUUCUAAGAGAAACUAUAAAGGUGGUUAUGUUUGGCAUGAUCUCUCUGAAGGUGAUCUGAUUCCUCCGGCUCAUGGAAAUGAGUACGUCCUUAAAGGUUCUGAGCUCUUUGAUGAAUCGAAUUCGGAUCGGUUUAGCCCAGUGGCAGAAAUUAAAAUCCAGAACUUGAAACAAUUACCAGAACCAGCAUCUUCUAGGAGCCAAGAUGAUUCUUCAUCGUCGUCAAGUUUGAAUGGGAAGGAAACAAAGCAUUCUCAAGAAGAUGAGCUCUCUCCUCCAGUUCAACGUCCCGAAGGCUCUUCUAGCGCUUCUCCAGAGUCUACAGUCGGAAAGAAUUCUACUUGGGGGGGUUCACUGAGCUUGACAGAUUACAAGAUUUACAAGAGUGACGGUUUAGCUGAUGCUUCCACGCAGACUGAAGAAAAUGGGAACAAACCUAAAGCAUCAGAAACUUGUACAAGAGGUGUUUCCACAGAUGGUGGGUCAUUAGAAUCGGAUUCCAGUUAUUAUCAUGAUCGAGUGCCGUGUGUGAAAGAGAACUCUGAGAUUCGCAGUUAUUCAGUUUCUCCUCCUCUGUCAUCCCCCAGCCCAUCUUCGUCAGGUGGGAAGACUGAAACUUUGGAAUCACUUAUUAGGGCUGAUGUUAGUAAACUCAACAGUUUUAGAAUAGCUGAAGAGGAAGACGUUCGAAUGCAAAACAAUCCAAGGGUUAAGGCUACCAAUGCACUUAUGCAACUUAUAUCAUGUGGUUCAAUAUCAGUGAAGGAUCACAAUUUUGGUCUUAUUCCAAGCUACAAGCCCCGGUAUUGCCAUUCGAAUUUCCACUCCCCAUUAUUCUCUACUAAAGUAAUGCUAGGAGAGCUAGACUGCCUUUCAGAGAAUCCAAGGCUCAUGGAUUUGAGAUUGGAAGAUAAAGAAUAUUUUAGUGGGAGCUUGAUUGAGACUAAAAUGCUCAAGGAGGAAGAUGGACGUACAGCUCUAAAACGAUCAUUAUCAUACAAUGCUGACAGGAGUUGCAAGAAGCUGGAUUCAGAAGGGGACAGAGAGGAGUCUACGUCAGGACGUUUGAAAUGCAUCCCAAUAUCAAUCAAAGCUUCGCUGAACAAGCAACCGCGAAGCGAAUCUAUGAGAUCCCCCAUUUCCGAUAAACCAAGGAACUCCUCAGAUGGAGUUGAUGGUGCACAUAUCAAUACCCACUGCAUAUCCAAUGGAGUUAGUAAAAGAAUCGCACACCCUUCAUCUCUUAAAAAGAAAUCAAAAAGGUUAGAUUCAUUUAGAGAAGAGAAGGAGAAGGUGAUCAAAAUCGAAGAAAGGCUUGCUUCAGGAGCUCGGGUUAUAAUCCAAUCCAGAGCACCUUUUGAUACCACCGCAGUUGGCAGCUCGUAGACACCAAUGCCAAGCAGAAAAGCAAGGGGUAAAUUUUCAGGUGGUUUGAAUUUCAAAUGAUGUAAACUUGUUGGCGGGUGAGGUAAAAGGAAUUCUUGUUUUUUGUACAUCUGAAAAGUCAAAAGAAAGGAGCAAUCAUUUAUUUUGCAAAAGGGGAUGGUGUAAUAUUAGGUGCGGUCCUGGUUGUUGGUGGAGCUAAUCCUGAGAUAUGGAGUUGGGUUUUUGGGUCAGGCAGUUCAAAUGGGGUUCCCCAUUUCAGUAACUAGGGUUUCAAAUUCUUCCUUUUUACUGCCAUGAGAUGAUUUUCAGUCUCUCUCUCUCUCUCUCUCUCUCUCUCUCUCUGUGACAUGAUGGCUUCAUCUAAAACAUUCAAAUUAAGUCAUUCAGUUUGAGCAAUGUAUUACAUACUUGAUUGAUACUAGAAAAACUCUGGAGGUAAGAGAGCAACUUACAUGAAACGAAUUUACCGU